CUUCUCUAUCCAGCUGCUCAGCUACUCGAAGAGCGACUACGAGGUGCAAUCUAGACCUGAUCUAGUGAAUUGACCAGACGUCGGGAAAGAUUGGUAGAUCCAUCUGACUGUUUCGGAUUCUCGGGUUCCAGCACGCCUAAACAUGCCCGAUACAGGUCGACAUGGACGACCAAUGUCUCUCGUCUCUCGACAACAUCCGAAGAGCGAUAGAAACAGGGAUCUGGCCGCUAUCGCUGAUACCGAUUGGAAGAGAGAUUGUCCUUGGCUGUUGAAAAGGUGGUUUCGAAACAGCGGGAAGCUCCCCAGGCGUGUCAAGAACACCGCGGUAGCACCUUUGAAGAGAGAUCUCGAUGAGUCGGAUUCGGAUACAUCGAGGAAACACGCAGUUUACAAUCAAGAAGACGGCGAAUCCUCAGAAGUACGGGCCGCUAGAGAACAUCAAGAUAGGGUCCUCCUCCAAGCUAGCGAGGAUCGGUUUGAUCCCUUGUUUGUCGAUAUUGAAUGCGAUCUCGAACCCCUGAAGACGAGCAUGGCCCUGAUCGCUGGACACGAAACUACAGGGGUGCCGAUCUUUGCGGACUAUUGCGACGCUGUGAAAGAUACUAGCAAGAGCGAGGACGAAUGUUCCGAGGUGUUCUGUAAGGCCGCGAAUGCGCUCGGCCGACUUGUCGUCGGAGAAGGUUAUAUCGACCUGAUCAAGGCGAACGGGAAGACCCAUUUGAAGCGGAACCCGCGUAUCGAGCUGAACGAGAAGCAUGGGAAGGACGAUUGGGACGACAAGAGUCGAGAUGUGAGACCUGGGAUCGUGGUGCUCCGUCAAGGUUUCGAUGACGUUGGGCAGGAUCUACCAGCCGUUGUUGAGGAUUGGUCGAACGUGAUCGCGACGGGGGAAAUGCGAAGAGACACCGGUUGCGAUAUGAAGGCGAUGGGCGGAAAAGAGGAGACGCUGGGACUAUGCAUGCUCAAGAACCUCACCUCCACAGCUAGGAAUCAUCCCAUUAGUGGCAGGACUUGUGGGAUCACACUCACUGGCAAGUUUCUGCGCUUCUGGGUAUCAGACAGCUUGUCCUUUGCAACAAGCCAGUUGUGUGAUCUGUCAAACCCAGAUCAUGCAGCUGAUAUUGCAAAGAUACUGGCUUUUCUCAUGGGCAAGGUGGAGUCUAUCAUUGAUACCUUUGAGCCACCCAGUGAGGUCUUCAACCUGGAGGUGCCGGGAAAGAGUAGACCGGAGAUUUGGCGCUGGUGUUCGGCUUCCGGCGAAUCGAUCCAGGAUUUGGACCGAGCUUACACGCUACUCGAAGUACGAAACGAGCUCUGGGGACGUCGGACCGCGGUCUUCGCCGGCUACGCCCAGGUACAGGACGACGAUUCUACGCAAAUCUACCCCAUCGCCAUCAAAUGCGCGUGGCUCCCUCCUUACCUCGAACAUUACGAAAGGAAAAUUCUCCAGCACGUGCAUGACGCUCUCGACUGUACCGAUCCCGAGAAGUAUCCGUAUCUGGCGAAGGCGAGAGGCCAAGUCGACCCGAGAGUUAUCGAGCUCAUACCGAAGCCGCUGGGAAAGCUGCGCGAUUGCAUGCGCAUGACCCGGGAAGUUGCGCACGCAUUCGGCGAUGAAGACGAAGCGGUGGAUCCGGAAGGCUCUCCGAUUCACUUCGUUCUGUCCGUCCUCGUGACCACCAGCCCUCAUGGCGAGAGGGUUCCGACCGAGGCCACCGAACUUUCUCUACGUCAUCACUACAAGAUAUUGCGGAACGCAGUCGAGACCCUCUGGAUCCUCUCGUGCUGUGAUGUUCACUAUCGGGAUAUCAAUCUGGGCAACAUCUUGUUCGAAGUGACCUGGAUCGGAGGGGAGAUGGUGGUGACCGGCUUUCUCAUCGAUUACGGCAACGCUAGGAUUUUGGAUCAGAGUCGUAGAAAAAGCGGACGGUCCGAAGAUCAAGACGUCGACUUGUGCCUUGACGACGCUCGUUCCAUCAACGCUUACUUCAUCUGCACCCACAUGGCCCAGACCCUGCGUCAGAAAGAAGAAUACGACAAAUGCGUAAACAGUAUCAAGGUCACUGAGGAGAUUAUCGCUCCUGCCGAGAUAAAAAACGCUUCCCUGGCGAACUUAAGGAAGAACCGCGAGGAUUUGCAUGCGCAAAUGAAGAACCGCAAGCAUCGGUACAUCGACGACCUCGAAUCUCUGAUCUACACCUUUUGCUACUGGAUUGCCGCGAUUGUCGGGACGGAAAACGACGAUCAAUCACGCGUACGAAAGCUUACCGAUUACGAUACCAAGAUGGCAGCUUGGAAAGGCAGCCUUUUGCAGCUUCAAAAGGAGUUUCUCAUCUCGGACAAGACCUGGGCUAAUCCUUUGAUGUCCAUUGCCCAAACGACUCGAGUUCACAGGGAGAAGCUUGACAACAUCACGUUGAAGCCCGAAUUGACAAACACGGAAAAUCGCUGCUUCGAUACGUUGGUGACGAGGCUGUCUACUGGUGAAGAGGAAGCAUCCACAGAGCCUCUGCGAUGCGACGUGGUGAUCGACAUUAGCGAUACUGAAGAUGACACCAAAUCACACAAACGACCCGCCUCCGCGAGCCCUACACCGGAAGCCAGAAACGUGCGACGGAGAACUGACCGCUAAUGAAUGGUCGAUUCUCUGUAUCACGAACUGGUACAACUUUACGAGCCCAUAUCUUCACCAUUGAUUCUGAUAAUAUGUCAGUGACCACCUUCGUAAGAGCGAUUCGUUUGAGGAGCAUUCUGCGCCAGCAAGCUCGUUUUCUGGCGGCCCUACGGUCAC